AACACAGGAAAAAUCAAUUUCAAAUUUCUCAAUGAUAAUUAUUAAGAUGGCCCGCUACGAUAUGGUAUAAAAGUGAAGCAUAUAUGUGUAAUAGAAAUCGCAGAUGUAUGUGUAGGAUCGUGUGGAAGAGGUUGUUAAAGUGUGAAAUCAUGGUAGCUAUGAUGGGUUGCGUAGCAACAGAAAAAGAGUGGAAGAAAGGGCCUUGGACUGGUGAAGAAGACAAGUUGCUAAGUGAAUAUGUUAGCUUCUAUGGUGAAGGUAGGUGGAGUUCAGUGGCAAAGUUUACAGGAUUAAAUAGGAGUGGCAAAAGCUGCAGGUUAAGAUGGGUAAAUUAUUUGAAACCUGGUCUGAAGAAAGGUCAACUAACACCAUUGGAAGAAGGAACCAUUAUGGAACUACAUGCGAUUUUGGGUAACAAGUGGUCUACAAUAGCAAAGUACUUGCCAGGUAGAACAGAUAACGAGAUCAAGAACUACUGGAGAACCCACUUCGGGAAGAGGGAGAAAUCCAAACACAAGAAGCUACAAAGGCGACAGAAGGAACAACAACAAGAACGACAACCUGAGAAGUGUGAUUUCAAAAACAUCAUGUGCCACAAGGAUACCACGAAUGAAACAAAAUCGUUUGAGACACAAAAUAAUAAGCUACAAGAAAUUGGUUCGAUGAACCCAACGAUGGAUAACCAAUACAAUAACACCGUUCCUUCCAUGCACGAGGGUUUCUCAUCCACGUGGCCAGAUACUACAGUGGAUGAUGGGUUAUGGUUUGGUUUAUGGGACUUUGAUGAAUCACUGAGUUUUGCAGAUUAUGUUAACCAGUUCAGCAAAUGUGGCAUGCCAAAUGAAAGCACAUUUUAUGUUGGAGGGGAUUCCACGCUAAGUGAUGAUAAAACUUGUUGUUUUGAUGAUGCAUAUGGCAACCUCUUCUACGGAAAAGACAUAUUUGGAUGAACCUUCGAAUGAUUAUGCAGGUUGUUGAAUAAAUAAGUUCAUCGUCUCCAUCGAUCUUUAGUAUCUUUUUUGGAUGAAUGUUAUUACCUACUUCAAUGGAUCCUUUCAAGGGUGUAAACUUGUUAUUAAUGAACU